UUGGGAUUAACGAAAAAGUUGGCGAUCUCGUGUGUUACGAUGUUUGGCAAAGAAAGAAAAGAAGAAAUUGUGGCAACGUGGAAGCAAGAAGCCCUCCCCCCCUAAUACUCUUCUUCCUUCUGUUCCUUGUUCAUCGUCGUCAUCAUUUCUUGCAAAUGCAUCGAUCGGCAGCGAAGCGGUUGCUCCACUAUUCAUUCUUCUGUGCUAACCGAACCUCUCCAAUUCGGACCCCUCUUCAUUCUCGAUCUCCUUUACGUUUUCUCUCAUCUGAACCGCCCUUCUCUGAUUUCAAUACCCGCACCUCCACCACACAUCAUCAUGAUACUUCUCAUACCCAUACCCAUACCGAUACCUCAAGAACAAGAAGGACUACACCAACAACACCUCCUAGGGCUACUUACGAAGAAGAACAAACCCGAGUGCUUGCCGCAUCUCUCCACCACGUGAUUAGACUGGGAUGGAGUGAGGCAGCCAUGAUCGCUGGUGCUAGGGAUGUUGCUGUUUCCCCUUCCAUUGUUGGAGCUAUUCCACGAAAAGAAGCUGCACUCGUAGAGUACUUUAUGGACGAGUCUUUGCAAAAACUUAUUGAUAUGAUCGACUCAGAUGAGUUGCAAUUAAAAGAUUUAGUAGCAAGUGAGCGUAUUGCCAAGCUUAUUAAAGCUCGCUUACAAAUGCAAGCUCCAUAUAUAUCAAAGUGGCCUCAAGCUCUUAGCAUUCAGGCGCAACCAUCAAAUAUUUCAACAAGCUUUAAACAACGAGCAAUGCUGGUUGAUGAAUUCUGCCAUGCCUCAAAUGAUGAAGGAAGUGGUGUCGAUUGGUACCUAAAACGCAGUAUUGUUGGUGGGAUAUACUCCACGACUGAAAUUUACAUGCUAACCGAUAACUCCACAGAUUUUGAUGAUACUUGGGUAUUCUUAAAUGAGCGAGUCAGAGACGCUUUUGAUUUGAAGAAGACCUUUCAAGAGGUGAAGUAUUUUGCGGAAGCUGUGGGUGCAGGGUUGGGCACUUCAUUGCAGGGAUUUACAAAGAAAGGUUGCUAGGAUUGAAUUUGAUUCGACGUCUCUUUUCUGGUGGCAUAAAAUAAAUCCAAUCCAAUCUUAGGUUUGCAAGUACCUUUGUUGUUUUUGAAUUGCAGAACAGGUUUCUUUCAACUGUAAUCAUGCUUUGUUUGAUUGCUGCUUGCUUAUCUUUUCUGUGACCUAAAGAAAUAAAGUUAUCUUUUAUAUCUUU